UUCCAAAUUUGACAGCAAAAAGUGACAACAAUUAUUAUUGUUAUAGCAUUAAUGGUAUCUAUAUUGCCUAAAGGUAAGUAAAUAAUUAUAACUAUAAUUAUCCUUGCAACAUUAUUAACAUGAUCAUCAUGAUUUGGGUGUGUCUAUCUUGGCCCCCUUAAUUUUUCUAUACGUCACUGCAGAGGGCAAGUAAGGUUAAUACCAGCUAAUGCAUUCCUUGUUAACUAUGAGGUUAAGGAAGCUUUUGAAGCACUUGAACUCAAAUUAAUGCAAAUUAUAUUGUGCUGUAGCCUAAUUGAUGAAGCCUAGCUAUUUUUACCACUACUGUUUUUACACUAGGCUGUUGUUCGGCUGCUGUUUAUGACCAAAGUGUAUUUGCCCACUUUAGUGAACUGUAAGUGACCUUUGAUGGCUUCUUGGGCGAAUAGAAGCAUAGAUUUUUGUUCCUAUUGUUUUGUUUUUCCUACAAAUAAAGUGAAUUAAAUACCCUUCCUGAUCUUACAGUUUACACUGAAGUACAGAUAUGUGUAUUGUCUUGGAUUUUAAUAAUAAUUGCACAUUAGAGGUGACUUCAUCUUCAACUUCACUUUAUCUGGUACGUAUCAGGCUGUCAACGUCUCGAAGUUUUGUGUGAGCGAUUCACAAUCGUUUUAUCUCCCACAGAAGUUACACGGAGCUGUCAAUUGGAUGAUGUGGCUGUUCUGGCUGGUCACCUGCGCCUAGUGCCUCCUUAGCCUCGUUUGACAGCGCUAGUGGCUGACAGGGUCACUCCAAAACACCGCCCUAGCACGCAAGAGCGACAGCAUACAGUACGCGGCCACUUCGCUCUGUGUCAGCCGGCUGUUUCUAUGGACCCUCUCCUCUUCACUCCUGGAUCGUUCACUCUGCGCAACACCACGCUACGGUCUGACGGGACGAGGUGCACGCUGUCUCCGGUAGAGGUGGUACAGUAGGUAGUUGGUGUGUGUGCGUAUGUGUGGGUCUGCACUCCUAGAAUAGAAAGGGAAGAAGAGGGAAGAGGAGAGAGGCAGAUCGCAGUGUGUCCUGUUCACAUUCAAGGGAGAGCAAAUAUCAUCUGGAUUGGAAUCACUCCGCACUUUGCACUUCCUUCCCCUCCGUGGAUUUGAUGGAUGUUUGAUCAUUGGAUGUGAUGCCCUUAUAUAUCAUCGAUCGAAAAUUCCCCGACACAUCUGGUGAGUUCACACAGCUGGCUACAGACCGAGGAGAGCUAAAGAUGACGGAGAACAACCCUCCCAAACUGGCCAAGAAGCCACGCUGGACCUCUCUGGAGAUUGGACUCACUACUAUUGUAUCACUGCUGUUCAUUGUCAUUGUGUCCCUCAUCAUACUCUUUGCAACGCACAAGAAUGAUGAGAUAUGCACCACUGCAGACUGCACACAAUCAGCUUCACGGUUGCUCGAAAACAUGGAUGCUACAGUGAACCCUUGUGACAACUUCUACCAGUAUGCUUGUGGUGGCUGGUUAAAGAAGAAUAUCAUCCCAGAAAGCACAUCGAGAUACAGCACCUUUGAUAUCUUACGGGACGAGCUGGAGGUCAUCCUGAAAGGUGUCCUUGAAAAGAGCGUUGAGGGUGAGGCUGCUGCACUCACCAAGGCCAAGACCCUUUACAAGUCCUGCACCAAUGAAAGUCUAAUAGAACAAAGGGGAGGCCUACCAUUGUUGGAAAUGCUGCCUGAUGUCUUUGAAUGGCCAAUGGCACUAGAUGACUGGGACACACGUUACGGUGCAACUUGGAGACUGGAGGAUGUUGUUGCUAAACUCAAUGAAAAAUACGAAACUCAACUUUUGGUUAACUUUUUUGUUGGCACCGAUGACAGAGAUUCCAAUUCACACAUCAUUCAUUUCGACCAGCAGUCAAGUCUCGGCCUCCUGUCUCGAGACUAUUACUCCUGCAAUGGGCCAUAUGCAGAGGCGUGUCGGGCAUAUGAACAGUUCAUGAUUGACCUGGCGAAGCUCAUACGCACAGACCGGGGACUGUCCAUCAAUGAGACCAGUAUCAGGGAGGAGGUGACGCGAGUGUUCGACUUGGAAAAAGACAUUGCCAACGCUACGGACACCCCAGAGGACCGCAACAACCCUGUAUUGCUUUACAACAAGAUGGAGCUAGGGGACAUGAAUGCCAACUUUACUCUUGAGGUUGAGUCAAAGACUUUCAACUGGACAUACUUCACAGCAAAAAUUAUGAACACAGUCAACAUCACUGUCCCUGACACAGAGAAGAUCAUCAACUAUUCACCAAACUAUUACAGAAAACUCAACGUUCUCCUGGAAAAAUAUAGCAAACGGGAUCUACAGAACUACAUGGUGUGGCGCUUUGCUAUGAACAUGGUGGUGGGCCUGAGCAGAGCAUACAGAGACACCAGGAAAGCCUUUCGAAAGGCUUUGUCUGGCACCACCUCAGAGGCAGCCGUGUGGAGACAGUGUGCUCUGUAUGUCAACAACAACCUGGAGAAUGCUGUGGGCCGGCUGUACGUGCAAGAGGCUUUCUCCGAGAAGAGCAAAGAACUGAUGCAGGAGAUGAUUAAAGAUAUCCGAGAAGUAUUCAUUAGCAAUUUGGAUGACCUGACCUGGAUGGAUGCACAAACCAAGAAGGCAGCUGAGGAAAAGGCUAGAGCUAUUCGGGAAAGGAUUGGUUAUUCUGACAACAUAAGGGACGAUCAGUUUCUCAACAAUGAGUAUAAAGAUCUCCACUACAGUGCUGAGGAGUACUUUGAAAACAUCUUGAAGAAUCUGGAAUUUGCACAGAAGAAACGGCUUCGUAAACUCAGAGUCAAAGUCAACAAAGAAGAGUGGGUAACAGGAGCGGCUGUUGUAAAUGCAUUUUAUUCUUCUAGUAAAAACCAAAUAGUGUUCCCUGCAGGGAUCCUCCAGCCUCCAUUCUUCAGUAAAGGCCAGACCAAGUCACUCAACUACGGGGGGAUUGGCAUGGUGAUUGGUCAUGAGAUAACACAUGGAUUUGAUGACAAUGGCAGGAACUAUGAUAAAGACGGAGACCUGAAGGACUGGUGGACCCCAGACUCCACUCAGAGGUUCCUGGAGUUGUCCAAGUGCAUUGUGGAUCAGUAUGGAAACUUCUCCUGGGAUCUGGCCAAUGGGCUGCAUUUAAACGGUAAUAACACCCUCGGGGAGAACAUUGCUGACAAUGGUGGUAUACGACAGGCGUAUCAGGCCUACAAAAACUAUGUGGCACUGCAUGGAGAAGAACCGCCUCUUCCUGGUAUAAAGCUCUCCCAUGAUCAGCUGUUCUUUCUAAACUUUGCCCAGAUUUGGUGUGGGACUCAUCGACCAAAGCAAGCUGUCAAUUCCAUCAAAGUAGAUGUUCACAGUCCAGGACAAUUCAGGGUACUCGGUUCGCUUCAGAAUUUCCCUGAGUUUGCCAAAGCGUUCAAGUGCAGCAAGAACAGCAGCAUGGUUCCAGAGACCGUGUGCCGUGUGUGGUGAUUCUGCUGGGACUAUAGUGAGGCAGCUGACUCUCAGCAUUUAGCCCAUGACCAGUGGCGUUUUGAAUAUGGGGUACACAGAAGAAGCUUGGAGACAGCCCCUCAGCCUUUAAUAAUCAAGUGGACCAGGAUUGGUGAACUGGCACCACAGUAUGCACUUCUUCUGAGGACAUGGUGGAAUAGACCUUUCCUUACAGGUGGAGAUUUAUAGUUCAUUCAUAUUUUUGUUUCACUGGAAAUUAUCAUGCAUUUAUCAUUCAUACUCAAUGUGAACAUGGUCAACUUGUUUUGAUUAUGACCACUGACAAACUUCAAAUGGCUCUCAUUCACUGUAGGACAAACGUAAGACAUGAGGGGAUGUGAAGUUAAACAGUGUGCUGAUGCAAGCUGCUGCAGGUAAUACAUAAGUUUAUGGUACACACUCAAAGUGCCAAAAACAACAACAAAAACAGCCAAGACCACAAGGGGGAGAAAUGUCCGUUUGUGCCAAAUGAAGACUGCCUUUCUUAGACACACACAUGUUCAAUAUAUUUUUAUAUACAUCUUUAUAUUGUAUACAGCUAUCGAGUAUUAUACACUGUUUCAGGAAUGGAAGGUUAAUUAGUAGAGUUUCAAAUGAACCAAAAUAAUAUACUUGCCUUUCACUGCUGCUUAUAAUAUACAGAGUGGACAAUCUGCAACACCUUUUUAUAAAGCCUUUCUCACCCAUGUAUUUCUCAUUAGCAGCACAUCACUGUCUCCUGUAGUCAUUAAGGUGGUUCUACAAAGCGGGCGACUGCUAUGCCUUAUGUUUCAUGUCUGCUGCAUGGGGCCAGCCAGAGCGGGUGGGUGUGGAUUAUUGGACAAAAAUCCCAUCUUUAGCUAUAUUUGGCUCUGAGUAAAAAAAAAAAAAAUCCAAUUGGUAUAUAAUUUGGACACAGUGCAUAAUUAUUAUUUUUGUCAUAUCUGUCAUUGUUUAUACUUUUAUUUUUAUUAUCCAAAUAAUAAUCAUUUUAAGUUGCAACCAAUGUUCAUUUUGACCUCAGUCUUAAGUCUAAAAUGAUGCUGCAUUUUAGUAAAAAUGUGUAAAUUAUAAACUAGAUGCAGUUGAUAAAAUGUCAGGCAAAUGUACUGGACUUAAUUCAUGACUCAUCUAUUCAAACCAAAUAUUCAAUUCAAAUUAUAUGAAUCACAUUGUACUACUUCGUGAAGCUUUUACCACAUGUAUGAAGCACCAGAGUUGUUCUUUCUUUGAAAAUGCAUUUGAACAGUUUCAUUCAAGGGUGGAUCUCAUCCCCAGUCUGCCAUCUGUGUAUUUUAGAUAAACAGAUUUGUUUAGAUUUUAUUUAUAGGCAAAAAUAUCCAGUCAUUUAGGCAUAUUUUAGCACUCUAAGAGACGUCAUUAUGAAUAUUAUUUCGUUUUUGCAUUGUUUUUGACAGCAAAAAAUAAGAUGAUGUAAACUACGACAAAAUAUAUUAGUGAACAAAACUGACCCUGCUUUGAACACCAUGUGGGAACACCCUGUCUUUGAUUCCUAGUGCAGCAAAUGGUUGAAGAUUGUACACUUUUCAACAUGCACAGAAUUUGAUGGAGGCUGACAUGCUCUGCCUCCCACACUCCACCUGUAGAAAGAACGAUAUAUACCUCAGUUGCCUGUAUUUAAGUACUUUAUAAUACUGACGGAUAAUCAUAUUGAAGAAUUUUUUUGUUUCAAAAUAAAUCUUUAAAUUAAAAAUUAAAUCAUUGUUUUGUC